AUUUGGGUGGCGGCCAUGGGGAAGUCUAAACGUGCAAAAGACCUAACUCAUGAGGAGAUCUGGGAUGAUUCCGCCUUGGUACGAUCGUGGGACGAUGCGGUUGAGGAAUACCAGCUCUACCACAGCAUUCAAGCAAAGGGGGAGAAUGUUGAAGAUGUCCUGAAACAAGCGGAGGAAGAAUGUCUUCCCCACGAGGAUCCUUCCCUUGCUGCAGUAGAGGAUAACGCAGAUGAUGUCUCUAUGGAGGCCGAGACCGAGGACGGAGCAGGUGCAGGCUCCAUAUCGCAGGUAUGCAAAUACAAUCAGAUGCGCAUGGAACCUACUGACAAGACCCAGGCCCUACCGUCUGUCCCUCAAGCACAACAGCAGUCUGUUGAAACUGCACCAACUCCUGCAGCCGCCCAAGGCCCAACUGGUGCUAUGCCAAUGCCUGAAGCAAUUCUAUCCCAAGUUCAGGACGAGAAUUUGAAGCGCCUUAUGAUGUCCUGGUACUACGCGGGCUAUUACACCGGUCUUUAUGAAGGCCAGCAACAAGCCAACCAAGGAAAGAGCUGA